AGACCUAACAUUUCGAAGGGGAAGACAAGACAGUUGGCGGGAGAGAGAGAGAGAGAUUAGGGGUCCAAAUCGAAAAUGCUAAAGGGAAGAGAAAGCUUGAGCCGAUUGGUGGGCAAACGCAGGCGCUUCCUUCCCAAUCGUCAUUCACUCCUCUCCGCCCCUACCACCACCCAGAGCUUAUUGAAUCUGGAUAUCGAUCCAAAUGGCACACUCGUGUCCCCGGAAGGCUCUUCAAAUCAAGACGAACAAGAAAACACACUGGCGGGCUCUGUUGCUUGCCCUGUUUGCAGCGUCAAACUCAGCGCCCAAAACAACACCAUCAAUUCUCAUCUGGAUGAGUGUCUAUCUAGAGGAACCAAACGAAAGCUAACCCAGCGCACACUUCUAGAGCUCAACUUCUGCCCAGUGUCGAAGAUUCAAAAUUUUUCCUGUGACUCUAAACAGUUUGGAAAUGAUUUGUUUCCUGCAGCUCGGGAUGAAAGUCGAAAUCAGGUUGACAGUCCAUCCAGAGACCCAAUCAAUAAGGACGAGAUCAGUGAGGUGCCAGAUUUUGAUGUGACCAUCACUCAGGACGACAUAUAUGGGGUGAUUCUUGAAACUUUUAUUGUUGGCCGCAGGUUUGGUGAUGGAACUGAGUUAUAUCUUGGUGCAAGCAUUUAUCUCUCAAGAGAUCCUGAUAAUGUUAAGGAUCCUAAUGCUAUCAAGGUUGUUUAUUCAGAUUCGGGAUGCCUUAAAAUGCUUGGCUUUCUCCCUCGCAAGCUAGCUGAGUAUUUGUCUCCUCUGAUAGACCAGUAUAGUCUAAAUUUUGAGGGAUGCGUUACCUCUAUUCCCAAGCGUUCUAUUGAUGUUGUCCCAAUACAGAUAGUGUGUCACAAGACCAGUGAUAAUAAGGACUUUAAUGAUGACAAGGUUUUCAAAUGUUUAUGGAGAAAUGCUCAGCAAGUAAUUGAAUCUACAAAGUCCUGUCCGCCCAGUGCAAUAAAAUAUCAGGAUAACUUUUGUGUUUUCAUACGUGAGGUUUUGAGAAACAGUUCUCACCUCUUGACAGAUGAUGAAAAGAAUUUCAUCGAGUCAUUUACUUCGAUGUCAGAUGAUAGUCAGAGGCUAUUUGUUCGGCUUUAUACACGGAAAGGCCCAUGGUUUCGGCUGUCUGCUAUUUCAUACCCAGAAGUACUGGAUCCCCAACAAGCAGUGAAAGAGCUAUCUGAGACAGGGUAUGCAUCUUGCUUUGAAAUUAUAAAUAAACUAUCUGAUGAUUGUAUUAAGGAGAUUUUGGAUUUGCUCACUGUAUCUGAGCUACGUGAAAUCUUGUGCAUCCUUAAGCAGGGUUGCAAUCGUGGCCUAAGAAAGCAGGAUCUCAUUGCAUCUCUUAUAUCUUCUUACGAUGAAGAUUUGUGCCCAUUACUACCUAGUAUGGUUUUGCACAGAACAGGAUCCUGUGUUAGGAUAUCUUCAAAUGCGGAGUCCCUUAUCUGGCGUGCUGAGAGGCUUUUCUUCCUGAAUGGUGAACAGGAUCUCUCGGCAUUUCUACUGGUGGAUUUGGGAAUAGUCAAGUAUCCAACUUACAAGUGCAUAGUCUCACAACAAAUUUUCUCUGCUCGAGAUGAUUUGCUUGGUUAUGAAGAGGCUAUUGAAGUGGCACAAAUAGUUGAUGAAGCUCUUGAUGGAAGCAACACUGGAUUGGUCUUAAAGUGCAUAAAGAUAGCUGAUUCCCAUUUAUCCAAUCCGGUUCAAUCCUUGACCUCUGAAUCAAUGGCUCCAUUCCUUUCCCACUUUUCAGCUACAUUUGUCAACUCAAAAGUGGUUUUACUAGGAAUUUCUUUUCUUGAGCGUGAGCAUAGGUACAAUGAUGCUAUCUAUUUACUGAAAAGGCUGCUGAAUUGUUUCGCUCGUGAUGGUAGAAGAGGAUACUGGACACUACGGUUAUCAAUUGAUUUGGAGCACAUGGGCUAUCUGAAUGAGAGCCUUUUGGUUGCUGAAAAUGGGUUACUAGAUGAAUGGGUGCGUGCUGGUUCAAGAGUGGCACUUCAAAGGAGAGUCCUUCGCUUGGGAAAACCACCGAGGCGAUGGAAAACUCCUAGUUUUGCAGAGUCUGUCAAGAGGAAGAUCAUGGAGGUAAAUGUUCCGGGGAGACCUUUAAAUUGUGCAAUUGGCACAAAGAGCAGGUUUUAUGGAGAAGAUGGGGAGCAAUGCGGUGUAGAGCAGCUAGCUCUGCAAUAUUAUGCCGAGGAAGGUGGAUGGCAGGGUGUUCAUACAGAGAGUGGCAUUUGGUUGACUAUUUUUGGACUUCUUAUGUGGGAUAUUAUAUUUUCCAAUGUACCAAAUGUCUUCCGCACCAGAUUUCAGACUGCUCCCUUGGAUUUAGAGACUGAUAGCUUUUAUCUAGUGAGAAAGAACCAUAUCGAGUCUCACCUACAGAAAAUUCUUGAUGGCAUGGCUGAAGAGAUUCUCAUCACUUCAUGGGAGUUACAUGAGGGAACAGCAUGUCGAGGAGUUAACUGGGGGCGACAUUCCCUCUCUGAGCUUCGGGCAGCUGUUACAUGCAUCGGUGGCCCAUGUGUGGCUGCAUUUUGUCGACAUCUUGCACAAGAUUAUCGUAGUUGGUCAAGUGGAAUGCCAGAUUUACUUCUGUGGCGCUUCCAUGGGAAAUACAGAGGUGAAGCGAAGCUUGUUGAAGUUAAAGGCCCCAGGGAUAGACUCUCUGAACAGCAGCGAGCAUGGCUAUUGCUUUUAAUGGAUUGUGGGUUCAAUGCUGAGGUCUGUAAAGUGAGCCCUAUUGUCUGAACCUUCUAGGCUGAUUUGGUUUUCAAAAGACUUGACACUGAAGAAUUUACUAGGAACUGGAUCUGCUCUGAAAUGAGUUUACCCUUCAAAAACUCCAGAAUUAUUAUUGGAUAAUUCUAGGAUUGGCAAGUACUUGACUGGCAAGCUUUCACCUUGACGAUGGUUUCCUAGUGAUAGAAGCUGAGACAAGGAGAUCAUAAUGCAUUUCUGAGGCUGGAUUGAGCUUUUCUGGAUAUUAGGGGAAGAUGGCCAUGUUGUGUUCAUCUUGAAGAUGGUUUCCCAGUGAUAGAAGUUGAGACAAGUAGAUCAUAAUGCAUUUCUGAGGCUGGAUUCAAGCUUUUCUGGAUAUUACGGAAAGAUGGCGAUUUCAUAUUGUUAAGGGACUUUAAAUUCCAUGUGCUUUAGCACUUCGUGUGCCCAUGUUAUUAAGCUUUUCUGGUUUACACUGUUACUAGAUGUUAAUCAUCUAUACUCGUGACCAAUUAAUUCAAAUGGAAAAAAAUUAUUCAAGCAUUUUGCAUCA